AAAAAAGGCUCCAAUUUAACCGAGUCUAGCAACUUCUGGGGGAUCCAUUCAAUGUAGGGUACACAUGGUCAUCGUUCUCCAAAGAGACGUUGCACCAUUUCCAGCCAUUCCUUCUAACCUUCCCUAAUUGUUCCUUCUAACCCCCAUAUUACACACAUACUCUUUGGAAUCUCUAACUCAUUCUGUUUGGCAAAUUAUUUAGAAUGUGGAACAGAAGUUGCAAUUGGCAAAUCAUUAUUAGGAGAUUGGAUUUGAAAACUUGUGGGACAAGAAUAUUUCAAAGAUGGAUGUCAAAUGAGAAUUCAAGUAGAAGUAAUAAAUUUGCAGCGCUUUGGGGAAACGGAGACUACGGGAGACUUGGGCAUGGUGGGUUGGAGUCUCAGUGGAGACCUGCCAUUUGCUCUGCGUUUCGAGACCAAAGCCUUAGAGCCAUCUCUUGUGGCGGUGCUCACACUCUCUUCUUAACAGAAUCUGGGCGCGUUUUUGCCACCGGUCUUAAUGAUUUUGGACAGCUUGGCAUAUCAGAGAAUAAAAGCUACUCACUUGGGCCAGUUGAGGUUUCUGGGCUUCAGAAGGAAAUUGCACUAAUUUCUGCUGGUUAUUAUCACUCUUGUGCUAUUACAGUGGAUGGAGAACUCUACAUGUGGGGGAAAAACUCCAAUGGGCAACUUGGCCUUGGAAAAAGGUCAGCAGAAGUAGUCCCUCUACCAACCAGGGUAGACUGCUUGGAUGGAAUCACAAUUAAAAUGGUAGCUCUAGGGUCAGAGCACUCCAUGGCUGUUACUGAUAGAGGUGAGGCUUUAAGUUGGGGGAUUGGAGAUUCUGGACGACUUGGCCAUGACCAUGACUCAGGCAUUUUAGGGUUCUUCAAAAGCACCAGUGAAUACACACCGCGGCUUAUUAAGAAUCUUGAAGGGAUCAAGGUUAAAAAUGCAGCUGCUGGGUUGCUGCAUUCGGCUUGCAUUGAUGAAAAUGGCUCUGUCUUUGUAUUUGGUGAAAGCGCAGUAGAUAAAGUGGGCUUUGGGAAGGUGAAUAAUGCAACAGCACAGUUCAUGAUUAGCGAACUUCCAUAUUCAGAAGAAGUUGCAUGUGGUGGCUAUCACACAUGUGUUCUAACAAGGAGUGGAGAAUUGUACACUUGGGGCUCAAAUGAGAACGGUUGUCUUGGAAUCGGUUCUACUGAUGUAUUUGAUCUACCCGAAAGAGUUCAAGGUCCUUUCUUGAAAUCUCCUGUUACCAAGGUUUCCUGUGGUUGGAAGCAUACAGCAGCUAUUUCUGAAGGAAAUAUUUUCACAUGGGGUUGGGGUGGUUCACAUGGAACGUUUUCUGAAGAUGGACAUUCUUCUGGUGGACAAUUGGGUCAUGGAAGUGAUGUCGACUACAUUAAACCUACAAUGGUUAUGUUUGAAGGGAAUGUGAAAGCAUUACAAAUUUCGUGCGGGUUUAAUCACACAGGUGCUAUUCUUGAAUGCACCUAAGCUUUGGCUUCCUUAAUUUCAGCUAUUCAUUGCCCAGAAACGGUUCAGACUUUUGCUAUUGCCAAUCACAUUCAUUCAUUCAUUGUGUCACAUCAUCUUUGUCAUUCAUCACCAAAUUAGUAACUAUACAUGUUUAUACCCAUCCUAAGGAAUCUAGAAUGGUGCAUCAUUCUUGAUUGAGGGCUAUGUAAUAUACAAGAUACCAGAAUAAUUUUCACAAAUCCAGUAUAUACAAGUACGUACGACAAAGGUCUCAACCAAUACAAAGCAUGUAGUGUCAUUGAUGUCAGAAUAACAGAAUGUAAUGUAUCCAAAAAAUAAUUAUUCACUACUGUGAGUACUUUAUGCAAUCAUUUGACAAUGUAAUUUUUGUACGAGAAUUUGCUAUGUACAAUUAUUUAAGAGAAAAUAUGUGUAUAUGAUACUUUGACAAUUAAGGAUUCACAGCUAUGACUUGAAAGAUGCCAAGAUUUCAAGUAAUUGACUCAA